AUGGGUCGCCGCCCCGCCCGUUGCUACCGCCAGAUCAAAAACAAACCCUACCCCAAGUCCGGCUUCUGCCGCGAAGUCCCCGACCCGAAGAUCCGAAUCUAUGACGUCGGCAUGAAGAAGAAAGGCGUCGACGAGUUCCCGUUCUGCGUCCACCUCGUCUCCUGGGAGAAGGAGAACGUCUCCAGCGAGGCUCUCGAGGCGGCGCGUAUCGCGGGUAACAAGUACAUGGCCAAGUUCGCCGGGAAAGACGCGUUCUAUCUACGCGUUAGGGUUCAUCCUUUCCAUGUGCUCCGCAUCAAUAAGAUGCUCUCUGGUAUGAGGGGGGCGUUUGGGAAGCCUCUUGGGACUUGCGCUAGGGUUGAUAUCGGACAGGUGUUGCUCUCUGUGAGGUGCAAGGAUAGCAACAAGAACAAUGCUUGUGAGGCUCUCAGGAGGGCUACGUUUAAGUUCCCCGGUCGCCAGAAGAUCAUUGAGAGCAGGAAGUGGGGAUUUACCAAGUUCAACCGUGUUGACUAUGUGAGAUUGAAGUCAGAGAAACGCAUCCUUCCUGAUGGUGUCAAUGCUAAGCUCUUGGGAUGCCACGGUUCUUUGGCUUUGCAAAAUUGGAGAGAUUACUGGACCUGGCUAGAAACUAAAGAUGGUGAAUGUAAGGACUAG